UCACUCAUCAAGUACACAUCAUCAAAACUUUUCGGCCCCACAAGUUAUCAAAAUUCUAGUAUUCCAUAGAAGCAAAACCUAAAAACCAAAUCAUUAACUCAAAAUUUAAGUGAUUCUCUACGAAAAAAUUGAAAUAGUCCAAAAUGAGCAAACAAGCGUGCGUUAAGAAUGCCGAUAUGAGCGAUGAGAUGCAAAAGGAUGCUCUGAACUGUGGCAUACAAGCAAUAGAGCUGUAUCAAGUUGAAAAGGACAUCGCAGCUUAUAUCAAAAAAGAAUUCGAUAAGAGGUACCAACCAACAUGGCACUGUGUUGUCGGUAAGAACUUCGGCUCAUACGUAACACAUGAAACAAGAAAUUUCAUCUACUUCUACGUUGGUCAGACGGCCAUUUUACUCUACAAGAGUGGUUGAAACCCGUCACAUGUGCGUUUGCCGUUUUGUCACAUCCAGGAUAUCAUAAUUCAAGAUAGACAAGAAAUGUCUACAAAGCAAGUGAUGUUAAGAAGAU